AUGCUCGCUGACGAACUUGCUCGAGCUCAAGCCCGUGCUGCUAUACAAGCAGAAGAAAGAAACGUUCGUCACGAAAACCGUUCUCGUCUUCAACCUACAUUACAUCACACAUCUUCUACUACUCACUACGAUACUUUGUCUUCCAUUGCUCGUAUGGAAGACCAUCAAUACAGUCAAAUUAUCAAUAGUAUUCCAACUUUCUCGGGAACUCCGCAUGAAAACAUAAAUGACUGGUUGGACAUUGUGUCUUUGAAAUUCGAUAUUAUUGGCUAUGCUUCUCGACGAAAACGUCGUUUUAUACCACAAUAUUUAGCUGGUAAGGCUUUAAAAUGGCAUCUUGUACAUCGCAAUGAACUUUCAUCUUGGGAUGACUACGUCGCUGCAAUUACAUCUGCUUUCCCCCGUCUCAUCACUACUUCUCGAGACAUGCAACUGAAACUAUUACGCGAUCGAAAACAAGGUGAUGCUGAACGAUUUAUCGAUUAUUAUACUUCUAUUAUUGAUCUUUGUCGUAAACAUGCUGUCGACAUGACCGAUAUUCAGAUUAUCGAUUGGUUGAAAGCCGGUAUGAAAAUUCAAUUAUAUGAAAAACUACAAGGUGAAGAAUUUGAUACACCACAAGCUCUACUUCUUCGAGCUCAACGUGUUGAACUUGAUAACGCUGUUCUUGAUGCUUGA